AUGAAUGAGGAAGAGUUGCCUGACGAUUUUUUUGAAAAAUCAGAAAAUAAUUAUUUAUUAGACCAGUCUUAUUCUUCAACAUCUGAUCAAUCCGAAUUAUUAGCCUUGAAUCAAGAAUUCCCAGAAUCUUCAGUUUUAAGUCAAUCCAGAUCUCCAACACCAAAUCAGGAAAUUUCUCUAAUAUUAAAUCAAGAAUCUACAACUUUAUUCCAACCUGAAUCAUCGACAUUACACCAACCUGAACCAUUGAUGCUAAAUCAACAUAGAUCAUUGAUUAUAAAUCAAGAAGAUAAUGUAAAUUUUUAUUAUCGUAAUGCCAUUGAUCAGUCUACUUUAUCUUGUAAGAUAAUCAAGGAAUUGCCAAAUGAAAUAUAUUGCUUACAAUGUAAAAAUAGAAUACUUGAUACCACCUUUAAUGUAAAUGAAAUUAUGUCACUAGGGCCGACAAAAUAUAAAGAGCUUGAAGUUUGUCAAGACAAAAUUAUUAGUAUACAAGAAGCUGCAGGAAUGCAGUCUGUUUCUACUGUAACUGGCACCAAAUGUAAUUGCAAGAGUGAAUGCAAAAAUAAUUCUUGUAGAU